GUGUUAAAUCUAACAGUUGCAACGGAUUACAUCCGGAAUGUUUGUCGCUUAUUAUAUCCUGGUUUUAGGAUAGGUAAAUAAGGAAGAGUAACCUUCAUUUGACAUAACGUUAGCUGAUAUGCUUAGCUAGCUCUUACUGCCACUUCUUAAUACUGGUAACGUUAACGUGCUGCUGUCUUAACUGCAUUUUUAUCUGUAUUGCUUCCAUCUCUUCGAAAAUUGUUUGCUCUGUAUUGCAGGUGGUAAAUGGCGUCUGCAAAUUCCACAUACGGACAGAAGGAGUCCUCGGACCAGAACUUUGAUUACAUGUUUAAAAUCCUCAUCAUUGGCAACAGUAGCGUAGGAAAGACUUCCUUCCUUUUCCGCUAUGCAGACGACUCCUUCACGCCAGCCUUUGUCAGCACAGUGGGCAUCGACUUCAAGGUGAAGACCAUCUACAGGAACGACAAGAGGAUAAAGCUGCAGAUAUGGGACACUGCGGGCCAGGAGCGCUACAGGACGAUCACCACAGCUUACUACAGGGGAGCCAUGGGCUUCAUCCUCAUGUAUGACAUCACCAACGAGGAGUCCUUCAACGCCGUCCAGGACUGGUCCACCCAGAUCAAGACAUACUCAUGGGACAAUGCACAGGUCCUCCUGGUGGGGAACAAGUGUGACAUGGAGGAUGAGCGGUUGGUGGCCUCAGACAGAGGCCGGCAGCUGUCAGAACAGCUGGGUUUCGAGCACUUUGAAGUGAGCGCCAAAGAUAACCUCAACGUGAAGCAGACCUUCGAGCGGCUGGUGGACAUCAUUUGUGAGAGGAUGUCCGAGAGUCUGGACAACAAUGACCCGGCUGUCACCGGCAAUAAACAGGGGCCCCAGCUCACCGAGCAGCCUCAGAGGUCCCAUCAGGACUGUGCUUGCUAAACUUGACUACACAAACACACUGCUGUCCUAAAAUCCACACACCUUUCUUUUUUUAUUUAUUUUUAUUUUUAUUUUAUAUAUAUAUAUUUGUCUCCACUUUCUUUUUCUUUCUCAUAGGUACAUGCGCAUUAACACAAAUACUGCCAUACAGAGACACAAAACCUGGCUGCUUAGAUUCACCUCACCAAGAGCAUUAUCUAAAUGAGCCGGCUCUCUCCAAAGAUUUGGUGUUUUCAGUGACCUCAUCUUAAAAAUGUUUUUUUGUUGAAUUCAGUAAUGCAGACAUAAUGUCAAAAUUAGUCCCACACACACACACACACUUUUACUAUACUGUAUACUAACAGAAUUAUAAAAGGCCAUGAAGGCUGAGACUUCA